AUGUCAUGGAUGAGAGCCAAGCACUUUGCAUUAGCGUGGCUGCCUGUGUUAGCACGCAGAAGGCUCCCAGUGGUAGGGGUGCUCCCCGGACAAUGCCACGGGAUCAAACUCGGCAGUUUGUGGAUAUCUCCUAGAGAAGAAGUGGCUCCACGCGGACUUCCUGUAGUGCAUUUCUCUACGGUUGGUCCUUACGAAGCCGAGGAGAAGGCAUUAGGUGGAAGACCUGCUCCAGGUAGUCAGGCCCACAUUAAGGCAUUACUUGCAGAGCUGGAGAUUGUUGAUGAUCCUUUCACAACGGAACAGCAUGCAUUGUGGAAUGCUGACAUUAUGACACUUAUCAGAUUGGAGAAUAUGGACCUAUCUGGAUCGAAAUUUGAUGUCUUGAAUGCAUUUUUCAUACUGUGUGGCAUCAUCAAACCCAUUGUAGAAUAUGUCAAAGCCCCUCUUCAACAGAUGGGACCCAAACUCCGCUUGGUAAUUAUUGAACAUGAAAGGUUACUGCUGCCUGCUUUGAAAGAAGCCAUCAUGGCAGAAGAUUUCACUGAUUUUCGAUCCUUAGCUAUAUUUCGUCAGCAGCCAACCCCAGUAUUCUCCAGCACUAGUGUGGUUCAGGGAUUACACACAGCACCUUCUUCGUGGGCACCCCCAAUGUCUUCUGCAGAACUGGAUAAUGCCAUCAGCACAUUCUUACAGGAGAUUGAACCUGACCUGCGACAAUACAUUGCAAGCAAUUGCCAGGAUUUCUCAUUUCCAUCUUUACCGGCGAGUACGCUGUUUAUCGACGGCAUGGGAGGGAUGUAUGCGAAGGAUGCAGCACUUCGGAAGAGAGUUGAUGCCCUCUUUGCUCCCAGAAAUCUCAAGCUCUUGUUCAACACGUCGGGUUCUGGCAAAACUGCCUUGCUUAUUGAGGGCUUGUGUCACCACUGGGGCCUGUACAUCACGUCAUUUGUUGAUGAAAGAACUCCUCUUGGAUCUGUUGAUGCUGAGGCAGCAUGGUUACAUAUCUUGGGCAAUGCUGCUUUUGACAAAAGCGUAAACCUCACUGCAAGGAAUAACAAGCUGAAAACCAAUAUCGAGAUCAUACAAGGAGAAUAUUCCCUGAUGUUAUUGGCUCGUCUAUCCAUUUUCCAGCUCUUCCUCCAUUGCACUCCAGCUGACCAUGAUGAGGGAGACUUGCGGCAUCUGUGGCUUUACCUUCAACUUUGCCCCUCUGCCCUGCGUACCGAUGCACCAGAUGAUGACAUAUUUUACAGGCUGUAUGAGAGAAUACGGCCUGCAGAAAACUAUGAACCUCUAGGCGGCAGAAUCAUUCGUCUACUGAUGAAGAUUCGCGAAGACACUCAUAUUCGACUCAAACCCAUUUUUCUCACUCUGGAUGAGGCUCAGCUUGUAUCUCAGAGAGUGAAACAGGCCUUCUAUUCAUCUCGACCAGGUGCUAACCAACAAAGUGUCUUGCGUGAGAUACACGAUACUUGGGCUAACCUCAGGAUCAACAUGAUCUUUGCUGGAACAGGCCUUCCAUUGGAUCCCAUCCUCCUAUCUAGUGUGACGAAGGACUCGUUAGGACUGGCGCUUUUUUCAGACACUGGAUCAUUCGAUGAUAAGGAAUCGCAGCGAAGUUAUAUCAUGGAGAGGGUUCAACCAAAUCACAUUGAUGAGCGAACUCUGGAGCGUGCUUGGCACUGGCUUCGUGGGAGACACCGAUUCACCGCGACAUACACAUUGCUCCUGCAGAAGAUGGGUGUUGCUUCUGCGAACAAAAUAUUGAAUGCUUUUAUCGAACAUAUUACGGGAGGUUUUGAACCAACAGACGGAAGAGACAUCGUGAAAAACGAGCCCGACAUUGAUACAGGUCCGGUUUACAAUUAUACGCCUGUCGAUUUCUCCAAAUUGGGUGAAAAGAGGCAUCGCAGGAUGGUGCAAACCAUCUUUCAAGCUACUGUUGGUAUGAUCCUACGAAAUCGACCGUACGUGUUCUUCGAGACGGAUUUUGAAGCCAUAACACUUGGUUUUGCCCGUGUUAUGCCAGAGACGAAGAGCCUGGAUCUUCUUGGUAUCCGUGGGCAACUCGAGAUGCUACCUCAAGUCAUAGAUGAACCACUAAUGGUGGCCGCUGCACUCCAUUAUUUCGAAACCCUUUCCGUAGUGUCGAUCAGAACCUAUGCCACGGAAUCGUUACGUCGUCUUGAACCACCCUCCACCCGCGGCUUCGCUAUGGAGAACGUCACAAUGGUCGCUUUCUUGAACAUCUUUGAUGAUAUCAAGUCGCUGGCCGACGUCUUCACUGUGCAUAAUGACGAAGGGCAGUCCUGGCUGAAAAAGCCUGCGCGUUUGGUUUCAAUCACAAGACGGAAGAGGAAUGGUGAUUUUCAGGUUGCAGCUACUAGGAUUCGCCAGGGAGCGACGCCGUUGCUCAGUUGCGAGGCAUCCAAGCUGGAGGACUUCGAACUGUGGCUCGAGGGUAUGAAGGGUGUCUUCUGCUUCCUCGACAACAACAUGGGACCCGAUAUCAUAUUCCUCGUCCAAUGCGGUACUCGACUUGUUUGGGUGAUGGUUCAAGUGAAGUGUCUUUCAUCUCAAGGGCCCACUCCUAGGAAGACCAUGGGUGCGCAGCACACUCUUGAACCUACUGCUUUAUAUCUUGGAAAAGACGGCCAGAAAUACUCUGCAAAGUGUCGCCCAAACUUUCCUGAGGAGACUCUACGGCGCAUGAACAUCCCCAAUAUUCCGGUGGUGCGUUUAAUCGUGUCGUUUCCCGCCCAGUCGAAAGAGGAGAUUCUGGAGGAGGAAGGCUCGACGAACGAAGUUGUUGCCAGUUUUGAUGACCUGGCUCAGGCUGAGUCGUUCGAAGGGCUUUCAGCAAUGUUGAGCAACUACCUGUCAAGUGCAUAG